CUUCUAAGCAACCGGUUAUUAAUGAUUCCAUCAUGUUUCUGACCACCGCCCAUCGAUCCCCUCCAACACCACCAUCAUGACCAUCCAAACCCAAACCGCCCUCAUCGGCGGGCCCAACGACGACAUCAUCCUGUCCACUGCAGUUCCCCUCCCCCAAGAACCCCUCCAACCCCACGAACUCGCCGUCGCCGUCAAAGCCAUCUCGCUCAACCCCGUCGACACCAAGCUCACGGGCGACUACCACACCCCCAACGCCAUCCUCGGCUGCGACUUUGCCGGCGAAGUUACCGCCGUCGGCUCCCUCGCCGCCACACACUAUGGCUUCCAAGUGGGCGAUCGCGUCGCCGCGACCGUCAUCGGGCUGAACGCUCUCCGGCCCACCAUCGGCGCCUUUGCCGAACACACCAUCUGCUCGGCGUUCGCCGCCCAGAAAAUCCCCCAGGACGUGCCCGUAGCCUCUGCGGCCGGCGGCCUGGGCGGCCUCGCCUGGAUCACGGUCUCCUGGGCGCUGUUUCACGAGAUGGGCCUCCCAGCCGGACCCCAACUCGAGCCCUUGAACUCCCGUCUUCCCCCUCCUACCCGCAGCCCUAAAAUCAACUACCUUCUCCCCAGCGCAGACACCACCAGCACCAAGCCCGCGACUCCGGUGCUAGUCAGCGGCGGCGCCAGCUACACCGGCACAGCGGCCAUCCAACUCCUCAAACUCGCCGGCUUCACCGUCCUGGCGACCUGCUCACCCACCAACUUCGACCUGGUCCGCUCCUACGGCGCCGACUUCGUCUUCGACUACACCUCCCCCACCGCGGCCGCGGACAUCCGGUCCCACACGCGCAACUCCCUCCACCUGGCCCUGGACUGCAUCACCACGCCGGACACCACCCAACUCUGCUACGCGGCGAUGGGUCGAACCGGUGGCCGCUACGUGGCCCUCGAUCCAUACAGUGACUCCGUGACGGCGACCCGGAAGAUCGUGCACCCCGGAUGGGUAUUUGGGUUGGAGCCAUUGGGGGAGAAGAUUGCGUGGGGGGGGGUGCAUAAGCGGGAGGCGAAUGCGGAGGCGCGGGAGUUUCUGGAGGUGUGGAGUGAGACGAUGAGGGGGUUGGUGGAGGGGGGGAAGGUGCGGUUUCAUCCGGUGGUGGUGAGGGAGGGGGGGUUGAGGGGGGCGUUGGAGGGGUUGGAGGAGAUUAGGAAGAAGAGGGUGAGGGGGGGGAAGCUUGUUUAUUCGUUGUAG